GCCGUCGACCUCAAUGCUGUUUCGACAACCAAGUGCAAGUAGGAGCAUGGCACGACUCGCAGCGCGUGAAGAUGCGUGCAAGCUCCUUGCGCAGAGCCUCAACGAGAAGGCGUCGUACGACGAGCUCAUGGACGAGCACCGCAGUGCGUGCCAAUGCUGGUCCGUCCUCCUCGAGGGCCUUCACGUGCCUUGCCUCGACCUCCCACAUGCCUUGCAUCAUGGCAAAGGCAGUGCGACCAAGCGCGAGCUCCGCGAUACGAUGCUGUGGCUCCACCCCAUGACGCUCCAGCUCUGCUUCUCCAACGUCCACGAGUUCCAUGCCCGCGUCCCGCGCCUUCCGCUGGCGCACGUUCGCUUCGUCCAGAGCGGCCGCGUCUCAAGUACGUCGGCGAAAGCGCCGCCCCUCACGCCGUACCCGUGUCUCUCGCUCACGACGUGGCACGACGACGUGGUGCACAUUGGCUUUGCCACGGCGCAGCUGCGCGACUAUGUCGUCAAGAUGCUCCGCGAGAUCGUCCAAGUCGUCGAUGUCAUGGCGCGCGUCCAGGACCAUGUCGCGCAGCACCUCAAGCGACGCGACUCGGUCGGAAGCAACAGCGGGAUUGCCGCAUGGACGCCCGCGGACCUUGAAAUGUGGCUGCACGGCCGGCAGCUCGCAGCGCUUUACGUGCCGCUCUACUCGCACCUCGCGCAUGCGUUCGAGGUCGAUGGCGACGCCUACGAGCGGUUCCUCUACCUCAGCGACGAGACGAUCCAGACCAUCAUUGCCAACGAGAGCAACCAAGAAGGCGCGGCCGUCGCCGAGCUGCGGACUGCGCUUGGCACCCAGCUGCAGCUCGCUCGGGAAGCCAAGGCCAAACAAACUACGACCACAAAACGAACGCCGUCCUUGCGAUGGCCCAAGCGCUUUGCGCACGCCAGCUAAACAAGAGAUGAUGAAUGAAGUCUCUGUUGCCCUCGAUCGA